AUGGUACAUUCCGGUGUGACGUGGUUGCAGGUUGGCCGAUUAUCGUAAACAACAAUAAUAAUUAUUCUACGCAAACUGACCGCGGGAUAUUUCUUUCCCGAUCAACUGUCGCCAAAAAUCAACCUGCGUUACAAUCGACGUAAAUCAUGGGGCUGCUUGCAAAGACCGGAGGGCUUCGAAUGUCCGCCGAAAAGCAGGAAACUCUCCUCAAAUUGUCUAUCCUCUCGAUUGCUGCCGUACUCUCAUUUGCGACUCGUCUCUUUUCCGUCCUAAGGUUUGAAAGUGUUAUCCACGAGUUUGACCCCUACUUCAACUAUAGAACAACCAAGUUUCUCGCCGAGGAAGGAUUCUACAAUUUUCACAACUGGUUCGAUGAUCGAGCUUGGUAUCCCCUUGGCAGGAUAAUAGGAGGAACGAUCUACCCGGGUCUGAUGGUGACGUCAGCAGCUCUCUACCACCUGGCUUGGCUGCUGAACAUAACUAUCGACAUUCGCAAUGUCUGUGUAUUCUUGGCUCCGUUAUUUUCGAGCUUUACGACAAUUGUAACAUAUCUUUUAACCAAGGAGCUAAAGGACUCUGCUGCCGGACUCGUUGCUGCAUCCAUGAUUGCCAUCGUGCCUGGCUACAUAUCGCGAUCGGUAGCAGGAUCAUACGACAAUGAAGGGAUAGCGAUAUUCUGCAUGCUAUUCACCUACUACAUGUGGAUAAAGGCGGUCAAAACCGGGGCAAUAUUCUGGUCGUCAUUGGCUGCUCUUGCCUACUUCUACAUGGUGUCUUCGUGGGGUGGAUACGUCUUUCUUAUCAACCUGAUCCCGCUCCAUGUCUUGACGUUGAUGGCAACUGGUCGUUUCUCGCACAGGAUAUACGUCGCCUACAGCACGUUAUACUGCGUCGGCACAGUUCUCUCAAUGCAAAUAUCGUUCGUCGGUUUUCAGCCUGUUCAGAGCUCUGAACACAUGCUUGCUCUCGGUGUAUUUGGACUUUGUCAAAUUCAUAGCCUAGUCGAUUAUCUGCGCAGCAAAAUGUCCCAGAACGACUUUGAGCUGCUCUUUAAGGCUCUUGUCUUCUCCAUGGUCAUCACCUCCUUUGUCGUUGGCGGAGCUCUCACUAUUACAGGAAAAAUUUCGCCGUGGACCGGCCGUUUCUACUCGCUCCUUGACCCGUCGUACGCCAAGAAUCACAUUCCGAUAAUCGCGUCAGUCUCCGAACAUCAACCGACAUCGUGGAGUUCGUUUUACUUCGAUCUCCAGAUACUGGUGUUCCUCUUUCCAGCCGGGUUGUACUUCUGCUUCUCCAAAUUGACUGACUCUAAUAUUUUCCUUAUUCUCUACGGAGUGACAAGCAUCUACUUCGCUGGAGUUAUGGUCCGACUCAUGCUGGUCCUUGCACCUGUUAUGUGCAUUCUAUCCGGUAUCGGAGCGUCUUCAAUGCUUCUAACUUAUAUGAAGCAGAUUGAGAGCAGUAAAGUUGUCGACAAAAAAUCCAAAAAGUUUGAAAACAAUUAUGUGCUCAAAAGCGAGAUCGCAACCCUGUUCGUCGCCGUUAUGUGCUUCCUCUUCGUGUCCUACACGCUCCACUGUACCUGGGUAACCGCCGAGGCUUACAGCUCUCCGAGCAUCGUGUUGUCUGCCCGAUCGCCAGAUGGCGGUCGAAUGAUUUUCGACGAUUUUAGGGAGGCUUAUUAUUGGCUGAGGAUGAACACUCCUGAGGAUGCGAAGGUAAUGUCAUGGUGGGAUUAUGGCUACCAAAUAACCGCUAUGGCGAAUCGGACGAUACUCGUCGACAAUAAUACUUGGAACAAUACGCACAUAUCAAGAGUCGGCCAAGCAAUGGCCAGCUCUGAGGACAAGGCCUAUGAGAUAAUGAGGGAGCUCGACGUCGACUACGUUCUCGUUAUUUUUGGCGGAUUGACCGGAUAUUCGUCAGAUGAUAUAAACAAGUUCCUAUGGAUGGUGAGGAUCGGUGGCAGCACCGACAAGGGUAAACAUAUCACGGAAUGGGACUAUUACAGUCCAGCCGGUGAAUUCAGGGUUGACAAAGAGGGAUCUCCGGUCCUGCUAAACUGCCUUAUGUACAAGAUGUGCUAUUACCGGUUCGGCCAGGUUUACACCGAAGGAGGAAAACCCUCGGGAUAUGACAGAGUUAGGAACAUGGAGAUUGGAAAUAAGGACUUUGAACUGGACGUCCUCGAGGAAGCUUACACCACAGAGCACUGGCUGGUCCGAAUUUACAAGGUCAAGGACUUACGGAACAGAGGAAUUUGAAGUCGAGGUGAAGCUCGUUCUACUAUACUAAGAGUAAUUAUAAUAAUAAGAAGAAGGCGAAGAAGAUUAAGAGAAGAAGAUAUACAAUACGUAUACACAAAAGAAAAGCAUGCACAUGACCUAAACAUCGGUUUAAUUUCCAUACAAAUGUUGAAAAACGGAGCUUUAGUCGUUAACUUUUUCUUUUAUAUUCGGUAGAUAGUAAAGAGAGAGAGAGAGCGAGAGAGAGAGAAAUAGACAGCGAAUAAGAGCGAGUGUAAGAGAGAAUGGGAAAGCAACAGAGAUCGAAAAUCGACUUAGGAGUAACGCGUUUUUCAACGGGCGUCGAAUUAAAUACCUAACUAAAUACAUAAUUGCAUACGCGAUGAAAAAUAAUAAUGUAUAAAGUAUAAAUUUUUAUAAAAAGCAUGGGAAACA